AUGUCAGCUGCGAAAAGACCCGCGCCUUCGAAGUCCUCGACAGUGACGAAAGAAGACCAGGACAAAAUCAACAGAUUUGCCAGAUUGAACACAAAACAUGUGGAUAUAUGCAGCGACGUAGCCGAUAAAGACAGAGAGCUAGAAAACUACCAAGAAGCAGCAAGUUCAAUCGAAGAGUUGGAACUAACUAGCGAAGAAGGUGAUGUAAUACCUUACAGAGUUGGAGAUGUUUUCUUUAACUUCACUUUCGCAGAUGCAAACAGUCGGUUGGAAGUGGAAAAGAUAGAAUUAGAAGAGAAGAAAAAAGGAAGACUAGAAGAAAAAAGCGAACUUGAGGCAGAAAUGAAAACAUUGAAGGGUGAAUUGUACUCAAAGUUUGGAGACCAGAUUAAUUUGGACCCUGAAGCCGACUGA